UCUGCCAUGUGACUGGGAGCUCUUUUGAGCUCUUAUAGCAAAUAUGAAAAUGGCUAGGGGGAAAGUGUCUGAAUAUUUCUGUUAUCAGAGACCGAUGUAAGACAUCUGGGUUUGGUGACCUAACAUUGUGCUACCUUUGAAAUGAAGGCUUUCCUAGAUCACUAACCUGUGUUGGUGGCAGUGAGGGCAUAUUGUGUUUUGAUGCAGAUCUCCCAUUAUUUUUCGAUACGUUAUCUAAAAGAUCUAAUGCCAGUGAGGUUCUUGUUUAGUAGACAACUAACAUUUUUUUGAGGAGACAUAUUUACUAUCGUAUUAAAUGUGUCUAUCCUAUUUAUAAAGUGAUAUAUUACUGAAUUACUGAGAAAUAACUGAAUUCUAAGUCGUAACCUAUUUUGUUGUAAGGGUACUCUGUAGUGUGUCUGCAGAGAGGAUGUGGGACCUUUGCUUUCGGGGGUGUCUAAGACUCAGCUGAAGAUAGUCCUGAGCAAUCUGACCUAUCAGACCUGCUUUGAGCAGGGGGGUGGACUAGAUGAUAUUCAGAAGUUCUUUCUAACUUCAGCUAUUCUGUUUUGUUUUAUGCUGAGGCAGCUUUCUGGGUGGGCUGAAUUUUAGUGUAAAACAUGUCCUUUUUCCAUAUGUUCUGAAUAAGUUACGCUGUUUCUGAAGACUGUAACUUUGAAUUCCAGUCUUAAUCUUUCAUAAUGGAUAACUAAACUGCUUUGACCAACAUGUUCUGUCUGACUUGAUUAGAAAAGAUGCGGUGUCUCUGGAAUGCUAGUCUCAAUACUUCCGGCCUCAGGUAACAGGAAGUGAAGAACUCUUAAUCGAUUGGGAAGUUGUAUUGUUACCGGAGAUUUUGUCAUUCUCACCAUUUCGCCAGAUGCUUUUUAAGAUACCUGAUGCAAUAGGUAUUUCAUUUGUUUUUAAAGACAGCCUGUAGUUUUUUGAAAGCCACUUUGCUGUGUUUUACUGCCACAGCUGAAAGCAGUGAAUGUAUUUAAACCUGGCCAUGGCACAGAAGAGACAAUCUGGCAGGGUUGGAAAUUACAAGCGGACAGUAAAACGGAUUGAUGACGGUCACAGACUUUGCAAUGAUCUUAUGAAUUGUAUUCAUGAGCGGGCACGAAUAGAGAAGGUCUAUGCACAACAGCUUACGGAAUGGGCAAAAAGGUGGAAACAACUUGUGGAAAAAGGCCCACAGUAUGGAACAGUAGAAAGGGCUUGGUGUGCUUUUAUGUCAGAAGCUGAAAAAGUGAGUGAACUACAUCUAGAAGUAAAAGGUUCACUGAUGAAUGAAGACUUUGAAAAAAUCAAGAACUGGCAGAAGGAAGCCUUUCAUAAGCAAAUGAUGGGAGGAUUUAAGGAAACCAAAGAAGCAGAAGAUGGAUUUAGGAAAGCUCAGAAACCUUGGGCAAAAAAGCUGAAAGAGGUGGAAGCAGCAAAGAAAGCGUACCAUGCGGCCUGCAAAGAGGAGAAACUGGCUAUAUCCAGGGAAACAAACAGCAAAGCUGAUCCAGCACUAAAUCCUGAACAACUUAAGAAAUUACAAGACAAAGUGGAGAGAAGCAAACAAGAUGUACUAAAGACAAAAGAGAAGUAUGAAAAAUCACUGAAAGAAUUAGAUAAUGCUACUCCUCAGUAUAUGGAAAACAUGGAGCAGGUAUUUGAACAGUGUCAGCAGUUUGAGGAAAAACGUUUACGUUUCUUUCGGGAAGUGUUACUGGAAGUGCAAAAACAUCUUGAUUUGUCUAAUGUUGCAAGUUACAAAAACAUCUACCGUGAACUGGAACAGAAUAUCAAAACAGCAGAUGCUGUUGAAGACUUGCGGUGGUUUAGAGCUAAUCAAGGUCCAGGGAUGUCAAUGAACUGGCCUCAGUUUGAGGAGUGGUCAGCAGAUCUGAAUCGCACUCUCAGUAGAAGAGAAAAAAAGAAGGCUUCUGAUGGGGUGACUCUAACUGGUAUUAAUCAGACAGGAGAUCAAGUUUCGCAGCCUAACAAACAUAGCAGCAGUCUUAGUGUCCAGAGUAACACAGUGCAGUCAGUACAAUCAAGUUACAAUCCCUUUGAAGAUGAAGAAGAUACUGGGAGUACUGUCAGUGAAAAGGAGGACAGUAAGAUCAAAAAUGUUAGCAGCUAUGAGAAAAACCAAGGCUACCCUACAGAUUGGUCUGAUGAGGAGUCCAACAAUCCCUUCUCUUCCACUGAUGCAAAUGGAGACACUAAUCCAUUUGAUGAAGAUACCUCUCCUGCAAUGGAAGUGAGAGUACGUGCACUCUAUGACUAUGAGGGCCAAGAGCAAGAUGAGCUCAGCUUCAAAGCUGGGGAUGAGUUAACUAAAAUGGAGAAUGAAGAUGAGCAGGGUUGGUGCAAAGGACGCCUGGACAACGGACAAGUUGGCUUAUACCCAGCAAACUAUGUGGAACCAAUCCAGUGACAAAGGACAACGCUAAUACAGAAGUGUUACAGAAGCUCAUAGGCUUGUAUAGUAUAUAUUUAAAGUAAGAGGAAGCUGAAUGGUGUAUAGAGUGUAUAUAUUUUAAUGGAAAGGCGAGAGCUUGAUGUCGAAAUCAUGAUGAUUUAAAGACAAAAGCUUGAACUAAUAAUUUGAUACUGGUUUCACAGCUUGUGCACAAUGCAAAGGAGAGGGGUUAGGUUGAAAAAAUACUAUGAUAGGAAAAAUAUUUUUAAGCUUUUUCUCCCCAUGUGGUCUGUUAUUGUGAAUCCUAAACAUUUUUGCAUUUCUAUGCUUGUGCCUCAUCCUGCCCUAGGUAUGUGGCUUACGCUCACUUUUGUUUAAUCAGUUAUUUUAAGUGACCUUCAGUAACUCGCAACUUGAAUUUUAAAGAUUAUUAUAAUUAAUUUUCUAUUUGUUCUUAGCGAUGUCUGAAAGAUGCAGUAUUUUUUUAUUUAAAUGCUGUGUAGUUAAGCACCUUUUUUGUAUGCUUGGAUUUAUCAAUCAAUACUUAAAUUAUGACAUAGAUUUAGUCACCAAUUGACUGAAUGAAAACUCCUUCCAUGUUAUAGUAAUCUUUCUAUGUUGUCAGCAUGGCUUGAAGUUGUAAAACAAAUACUGUAAUAAAUAUCUGUUACAGAAGGCUAUUUGUAGCAGAGCUAUCUGCAGGUGUCAUGGGUUGGGAUUCUAUUAUGAACGUUGUUUACGUGAUUUGACAUUUAAACUAAGAGUUUUCCAUCUAGAACUUAAAUGGCACUCAAAAGAAAGAUAAAUUAUAUGUAAGCCCCAGAAUAGUAGCUAUUUCCUGCACAUGUUUGCAGGGAAUAAGGAUGAACUCCUUUAAACUGCUAAUGAUUUUUGGGUGAUUUGAAAUGUUAAAUCUGUGAAGGCUAAUUUUUUUGAACAGAGAAGACUGUAAAAUAUAUGAAAUGCUUUUUAUUAAGAGCCUAUCUAUGUUGUGUAUAUGUACAUAUAAUUUGAUAUUCCAAAAUAUAAAGAGCAUGGCUAUUAGUUAUCAAGCCUUUUUUUGUCAAUAAGAUUUAGACUGUUUUAAGAGUUUAAAUUAUAGGUAUAUUUAAAUCUGCUUUCCUGCCAUAUUCAUUACUGUACCAUAGACAAAGUAUUCUGUGAUUAGAUUUUCAGAAGUACAGUAAAUACACUAACAUACUCAAAAUCUGUAUUUGUGGAUAAAUCUAUGGGUCAAAAUAUAAACUAGCUUUAGUCCUUACAUGGAUUAUUGUAGCAGAACACUGUAAAAUCUACCUUUGUUUGCCAUUACAGCUCGGCCAUCUGUAAUUGUGUCAAAUAGUAUGCAUUUGUUACAUUUAAAGUGGGUUGUAAAAUUAUAGCAGAUUUGUGUUUAAAAAAAAACAAACCCAAACAAAAACCCAAGUAUCAGGUAAGUAGAUAUGCUAUGUUAGGAAGCUAACAAAUCUGUUUUGAAGCUAACAAAUCUGUUUUGAGGUAACUAUAAAACACUGUUGGUAGUCUUGGAUUUUAUUGUUUGCUUUUGAGCUUAUAGAUAUAUUUAGUCGUCAUUUUCAAUGAACCAAAAUGUGCAGGCUUAGAAAGUGGAUGUAUGUAUAUGUCUGUCAAGGAAAACUUACCAACAUGAUUGUUCAUUCACAAGACGGUUACUAAAAUUGUCAGGAAUUACUGGUUUGGGUCUCUGUAUUGUAAAAUAUUUUAGAAAACAAUAAAAUCUGUUAUCUCUUAAA